AUGACCUCAGUAAACGAGAGCAUAUUAACCACAACUACUUCAAGCAGCGUACGGGAGUUCCGACCGCAUGUCGAUAGUUGGGAAAAUUGGUGUGAACUAUUAGAUUCACAUUUUCUGGAAAGUGCAGUCACAGAAGAUAACAUGAAAGUGGCGAUUUUAAUAAAAUCAAUAGGAUUGGAAGCAUAUGGUUUACUUAAAGAUCUAUGCGAUCCGGUUCUGCCUUCCAAAAAACCAUUCAAUGAAUUGAAGGAAUUGUUGGACACGCAAUAUUCAAUUCCUGUAAUUGUUUUUCGAGAAAGACGAACUUUCUUAGAAGCAAAGAAGUCGUAUACAGAAACAGCGUCACAGUGGUUCGCUCGUCUUAAAAAAUUAGCGAAAGAUUGUAAAUUUGGGCAGCAUUUAGACGCAUUCGUGCUCAAUAAAUUUAUUACCGGCUUUGAAGGCAAAGUCUUCGAACGUUUGUGCGAAGAAAAUGAAAAACUAAAAUUGAGCGAAGCCUUAAAAAAGGCAAUGGCAGCAGAAGUAAAAUUAAUCACGCAACAGCAACAACAAACGCAAAAAGAGGUUAAUUUUGUAUCGAAAAGGUACCAACGUGGUCAGCGAAGCAGCAGCAACAAGCAGAACAGCUCCAACAACAACAGCAAAGAUAGUGGAAGUUCACGGCGACGGUGCUCACAUUGUGGCUGGAAGAACCACACCAGUGAAAAAUGCAAAUACAAAUCGAGCACGUGUAACAAGUGCGGCAGAGUGGGUCAUUUGGCGAGCGUAUGCAGCAGUAGCAGACAAAUUAAUUUAGUAGAAGUAUCAAAUAAUUUAAGUAGUGAAUUUAAUACAACUUCUGAUUACAUUUCGAACUUUUCAAAUUUUUCUAUUUUCAGUGUUACUGGAGAAGCGGUGGCUUCACCAUUUACAGAAGCAGUAAAAGUUAAUCAAGUCUGGCUCGAAUUUGUGUUGGAUACCGGCGCAGCUUGUUCCCUGGUUUCUCUAUCAAUUUUUGAUAAGUUUUUUGACCGCAAGAUUUUGAAGCCCUGCGUUGAUCGAUUUUGUGCAUAUAACGGGGAAACUAUACAAAUUGUGGGUGAGUUCAAAGCAACUGUUAAAUAUCGCGAGCGAACACGUGAAUUGCGGUUAAUCGUUAGUAACACAAACAGUCCGCCCAUUUUGGGCAGAGAUUUUAUGCAACUUUUUGAUAUGACUUUAUCACAAAUUAAUUCGAUUCGGUAUGAUCACAAACAAGACGAUUUAGUUUCUCGAAUUAAAAGCAAAUAUCGCAACGUUUUUAAGAAUGAACUUGGUACAUAUAAGGGUAAUAAAAUUAAAUUGAGUAUAAGCGAGAAUGCAAAGCCUGUUUUUUGCAAGCCACGUCCGGUGCCUUUAGCAUGGCGUAGUAAUAUUGAAAAUCAAUUAAAUAAUUUAGUUAAAACUGGUGUGUUAAUCCCUGUCGAAAAUGCAGAGUGGGGUACACCUUUGGUACCAAUCGUUAAGCCUAAUGGCGACCUCCGCAUUUGUGGCGACUACAAAACCACGGUUAAUAAGUUUUUGAUGGAUGUAAAAUAUCCAUUACCGCUUAUUAACGAAUUAUUCACAUCACUUCAGGGGAAUCAUUUUACAAAAUUAGAUUUGUCGAACGCAUACAAUCAAUUAGUGUUGGAUGAAGAUUCACAAUUGUUAUGUGCUUGGAGCACGCAUGUUGGUGUUUUCAAGAUGACACGUUUGCCCUUCGGAGUAAAGCCGGCUGCGGCUAUUUUUCAGAAAACAAUUGAAACUCUUUUACGAGGUAUUCCAAAUGCAAUCAAUUAUUUAGAUGAUAUUGUUGUAACGGGUGCCACCACCGCAGAUCAUAUGAAAACACUUGAGCUUGUUUUAGGAAAAUUAGAUUCUGUCGGGUUACGUCUAAAUGAAAGUAAAUGUGAGUUCUUCAAGGAACGAAUUUCAUACUUAGGUUUUAACAUCGAUCGUUUUGGUUUAAGCAAGAAUAAAGAUCGAAUCGCAUCCGUAUUAGAAGCCCCAAUUCCACAAUGUGUGUCGGAAGUAAGAGCUUUCGUGGGUAUGAUUAAUUAUUACUCAAAGUUUAUUCCUAAUUUUGCUCAUAAGAUGGCACCUUUAUAUAAUUUGUUGAAAAAAGAUGUGAAAUUCCAAUGGUCAAAAACAUGCCAAGAAGCGUACGAGUUAUUAAAGCAAGACGUAACGUCGGAUCAGGUUUUGACACAUUUUAAUCCAAAAAUUCCAAUAGUUUUGUCAACUGAUGCUUCUAAUUCAGCGGUAGCAGGGGUUUUGUCACAUAUUUUUGCAAAUGGUGUUCGAAAACCAAUUGCGUUUAUUUCUCGUGCACUUUCACAAACAGAAAAAGGCUACAGUACUAUUCAAAAGGAAGCAUUGGCUAUAGUUUACAGCGUCUCAAAAUUAAAACAAUAUUUAUUAGGCGUUCAUUUUACAUUAGAGUCUGAUCACAAACCACUUUUGGCUAUAUUUGGUGAGAAUAAAGGUUUACCAGUUAUGGCGGCAGCAAGGAUGCAAAGAUGGGCUUUUAUUUUGUCUGGUUUCGAUUACUCUAUCAAAUAUAUUAAAUGUGAACUUAAUCAAGCCGAUCACUUAUCGCGGAUUCCGCAAGAAGAUGUAGGCAAAAUAAGUAACGAUUUUUCAUAUAUAAAUUUAGUUGAAACAGAUAACCAGUUGAAACUAGAUUUCAAAAAUAUUGCAAAAGAAACUAGACGCGACCCGAUUCUGUCAAAAUUGGUAGAUGCGAUAAAUAGUGGUACAAUUGAUGCGUUAAUGGGCGAAGAAUUUGGCCCUUUUCGUAAUAAGAAAAAUGAAUUGUCGGUUAAAUACAAUUGUAUUCUAUGGGGCUAUCGAACGAUUGUUCCAUUUAAAUUACGUGAAGAGGUAUUGAAAGAAUUACAUCUGUCACACUUAGGCAUAGUAAAAACCAAAGCAUUGGCACGUUCGUAUGUUUGGUGGCCUAAAAUAGACCAUAAUAUUGAGAAAAUGAUUUCGAGUUGUGUUUCUUGCAAGCUUACUCAGUCGAGUCCAGAAAAAUGUCCUUUAAUCCCAUGGACACCCACUGAAUGA